GCCGUAAAAAAAUAAAUUAACAAUGGUUUCACCAUUAAUUGUUGUAAUUGCAAUUACAUAUUUUGCAUACUGGAUUUUGGAAUUUUUAUUGGCACGACCAAAAAAUUUCCCUCCAGGACCGAUUCGUAUUCCAAUAUUUGGAAGUUAUUUAUAUUUGCUGUUACGGGAUGUUAAACAUUUUUAUGUCGAAACUCAACGAUGGUGUGAUAAAUAUAACUCAAAAGUUGUCGCGUUAUUUAUUGGAUCGUAUAAUGCGGUUAGUGUAAAUGAUUUAGAAGGAAUUCGACGAGUAUUUCUGUGUAAUGAUUUUGAUGGAAGACCAUUUCCAUAUUCGGUACAACUUCGUUCAUGGGCAAAACGUUUAGGUGUUUUUUUCACUGAAGGCCCAUUUUGGCUUGAACAACGUCGUUUCACAUUAAGAUACAUGCGAGAUUUUGGUUUUGGACGGCGUAUGGAACGUUUGGAGUAUAUUAUUGAGGAUGAAACAAAACUUAUGAUAAAAUUAAUUGAAGAAGGGACGAAGAAUCCAUAUAAUGCGGGUCUCGUGAAAGAUGGUCGAUUAAUUUAUUUACCCGAAUUUUUUGCGGCUCCAUUUAUAAAUUCAUAUUUGGCUGUAUUAACUGGACAUCCAUUACCUGAAGAAUCUCGACCAAUUUUACGUAAAACAACUCAAUCAUCGAUAUUAUUUCAACUUGCAGCCGACGCUACUGGAGGAAUAAUUUCAAUUUUACCGUCGUUACGAUAUAUCUUCCCAAAAUUAAGUGGGUAUCAUGGUAUUACCAAAGGACAUGAAGCGUUAAUGGACCUUAUGAGGGACGUAAUCAAACAACGUAAAAAUCGCGGAUUUACAGAAACCGAAGGAUUUAUUGAUUUUUAUUUGAAUGAAAUGAAAGCCAGAAAAGAAGUUGGCGGUUACACAACUUUCUCCGACGAUCAAUUAUUAUUAAUCGUUGCGGAUCUUUUGAUGCCAGCAUCAUCGGCAGUACAAUCUCAGCUUGGAAUGCUAGUGGAACGAUUAAUACAUAAUCCAGAAAUUCAAGAUAAAAUUUAUAAUGAAAUAAAAACAGUGGUUGGAAGUGGACGACUUCCUACGUUGGACGAUCGACCAAACUUACCAUAUUGCGAAGCUACGUUACGAGAAAGUUUACGAAUCGAUACAUUAGCCACAUUGGGUGUACCCCAUUCAACAUUGGUUGAUACGACCUUACACGGCUAUAAUAUUCCAAAAGACACAAUAGUUAUAACAAACUUAUGGCAAAUGCAUCACGAUGAAAAAGUAUGGGGUGAUCCAGAAACAUUCCGACCAGAACGAUUUGUAACUGAAGAUGGUAAAGGUUUAGCAAAAGAUCAAAGUUUACCAUUUGGUUUGGGACGACGUGUUUGUGCCGGUGAAACAUUUGCACGUAAUACAAUGUUUUUAAUUUAUACAGGUCUAUUACAAAAUUAUAAAUUGACUGUGCCUGAAGGAUAUCCGUUGCCCGAUUUAAAUGAUCGAUUGAAUGGUUUAGUUAUCAGUCCGAAAGAUUUUUGGGUGAAAUGUAUACCUAGGAAAUAAAUUUAUAGAAUUAAUUAUAUGUUCAAAAUUAAGU